AUGACGAUACACACAGAAUCCUUUUCAACGACUUUAGAGAGUCUUAGAUCAAAUCCUAAAGUAUAUCAAAAUUUAGAGACCCUUCUAACAAACGUUGGUGGCAAUGUAUCUCUUCACAAGCGAUUUCGCGCUUUGUUUACCUUAAAAAAUCUUUGUGACGAGAAGAGUAUUGAUAUUAUUGCUAAAGCAUUUACGGAUGAUUCUGCAUUACUUAAACAUGAAUUGGCUUACGUACUUGGUCAAAUGAAGAAUCCAUACGCUAAUGAUAUUCUUCGGAGUGUUUUAUCCGACAAAUCACAGGAUCCCAUGGUUCGACACGAAGCUGCUGAAGCGCUUGGUGCAAUCGGGGAUCUAUCAUCACUAGAUAUUCUGGGAGAACACCUUAAUGACGAAAAUCCCGUUAUACGCGAGACAUGUGAGCUAGCCAUUGCACGGAUAAACUACGAAAAUCAUCCCGACAAGAGAAAAGAACUCUCUUCCAUUGACAGUGUAUACACAUCAAUCGAUCCUGCUCCGCCGAAUACCGACAUUCAGUCAGUUUCCAGGCUGCAGGAAAUCUUACUGGACACAAGAUUAACCCUAUUCGAACGUUAUCGAUCAAUGUUUGCAUUGCGCAAUAUAGGUACCAAAGAAGCCGUGCUAGCAUUAAGCGAAGUGCUAUUACAUGACCCGUCGGCUUUAUUUAGACAUGAAGUUGCUUACGUUUUCGGUCAAAUGCAGAGCCCAGACAGUGUUCCGGCAUUACGCAGCGCCCUAGAAAAUAAAGAUGAAUUGUAUAUGGUACGUCAUGAAGCAGCAGAAGCAUUAGGAUCAAUUGCAACUUCAGAAUGUCUGCCGAUACUUCGGAAAUUUCGGCAAGAUGAUGAGCGAGUUGUCAAAGAAAGUUGUGAAGUAGCUUUAGAUAUGUAUAAGUACGAAAAUUCAGAUGAAUUCCAAUACGCUGAUGGGGCGCUUGGAAUCGUUGGCUAA